AUGGAAAUAAAAAAUUUAAUUCACAAUUCAGACUUUUCAAAGCAAUCACAAGAAUCAAAUAUCCACAAAGAAAAUCACAAAUUAUUCUACAAUAAUAUCAAUGAUAACAAUGACGAUGAUAAUUAUGUUCCUCAAUUAAACCAAGUAUCUUUGCCCUUUUUCAACGAGAGCAUCAUCAACGUUACUAGGUCAUCGAAUAAAAAAUCAGAAAGUUUAUUACUCGACAAUUCAGAUUUAUGGAGUAAAUUUUAUUUGGUUACCAAUGAAAUGAUAAUUACAAAAGUUGGACGUUGCAUUUUUCCCUUAUUGAAAUUUAAUCCGAUCAAUCUGAAUCCUUCGACAAAAUAUUCAUUUUCGAUCGAUUUCGUUCUAGUGUCUCCAUGCAGAUUCAGAUUCAAAAAUGGAAAUUGGGUUUCAAUUGGGAUUGACAAACGAAAACAUUUAGAAAUCAAUAAUAAUCUUAUUAAAAACGGUCCUAAUAUUAAUAAAAGUGUCAAUGUUAAUGCUGAUAAUAGUGAUCGUGGAUAUGAUAUCAUUAAUAAUGACAAUAUCGAUAAUGACACUGAUAAAGUUGGUUCACAUUGGAUGAAUUUCGGUGUUGGCUUUCCAAAAAUCAAAUUAACAAAUAGACCAAGUUUAAGUCAAUCCUCGAAAAAACGUGAUAAAUUACGUAUUAACAAUAACGACACCAAAAUAAGCCAUAAAAAUUACAAAAUCAACAAAUAUACCACUACCACCACCACCGAUAAUAAUAAUCCAACAAGAUCCGUGCUACCUGAAGGUCAUUUCUGUUUAACAUCUUUUCACAAAUAUCAACCACGUAUUUGUAUGAUCAAAUAUUCAAAUCAUGGAGAUUCCAAUGAUGAAAAAUAUUUUACUUUUGAAAAAGCCACUUUCAUAGCUAAUAAUGAGGAUGAAUGCGAUGGGUAUGAUGAUGACUCGGAUGAAUAUAAUGACGAUUUGGGUGAAGAUGGUGAAUAUGAGGAAGAGAAAUGCGAGACUUUUUAUACUAAUAAUGAAAUAAAUUAUAAAUAUUCAGAAGAUGGUGUGAUUCAUAAUAUUAAUAAUAGCAUUAAUAGCAUUAAUAGCAUUAAUAAUAAUUCAUAUUUACCAACUUCAUAUAUCAGCAAUAACAAUAAUACAAAUAGAUUGAAUGAUACUAAUAGACAAAGAGUUAUCAGAAGAUCUUCGUUGGAAGAAUCACGUAUACGUCAAACAAAUAUUUAUCAACACGCAAUUCACACAAAAACUUUUAAAAAUUUAUUAUUAACAAAACAAAAUCAGCAAACAGCAACUUUAUCCUCUUCCUCGGAUAAUAGUACUGAGAAUGUUCGUCAACGUAAAUUAAAUAGUUGCAUUUCUUUACCAAGUGUUAAACUUUAUUAUUCAUCCACAAAUAAUAAAAACACCACGACAAAAUCUUUACCAUCGCAAACACCUCCACUUUUACAUUCUUCCCCCCACCCAUCUUCUUCCUAUCAACAAAAUCAGCGACAAAAUAGUUAUUUUCCACAAAUUUCAAAUCAUUCAAAUCAAUGGAAUCAAGAAUAUUAUCAAUUGUCAACUCCAGUCACCCCAGCCACUUCCACAACACAGAACAUUCCAAUAUCAACAAAUGAUAUUACAGAUUAUUGUGAUUUCCAAUAUAUUCGUGAAAGGUAUGGCACAGAGGCCGAGAAAGAAGCUGAUUUUGUUGUGGCAGAUUGGAAUUAG